UCUAUCUAUCAUAAACCUCAUAAAGUUUUGUUUGAUUUAUGAUUGAAAUGAAAAACAAAAAAUACCAUUGGGGGGAAAAAUCAAGAAAUAUUCUCUGACAACAUGUCUUAAUAUCUAAUGUCGAAACCAAGAUAAGAAUAGUGAUUUAGUUUUUUUUUUUUCUGUAACUAAAAAAAAAAUAUCUCGCUCUCCAUUUUUCUCACACUCCUCCACCCCUUUUUGGUGUGAAAUGUUAAAAAUGAGACGAAAACAUUGUGAACAGGAAAUGCAACAGCUGUAAAUUUCUCAACUGACAGGAAACCGUAUAGGCUGUUGUACUUCGAGUGAACCCCAGUGAGGCCCUCUGUGGUUUUCAGUACAGAGAGAGGCUAUACUGAAACCCCGUGUUCAUUAGCACUUCUGUUUUCAAAGACCAUCAGUGAUCACUGUUGGACCACUGAUGCCAGAUUCAACGGCCGCGCGUGGCGUUGUCUCAUUUUCAGACUGAAAAAGAGAGGGAUCAAAGAGAGGAGUGGAAAAUUAAGUGGGGGGGGAAAGGAGGGGCUGUGGAGAACAGUGAAGUAGAAAAGGAUGGAGAGCGUUUCAUCGGAUCAGUCAGCCAGCGUGGAUGAGCUGGUGGAAGCCUGCAUCAAAGCCUUUGACAAUGAAGGCGCUCUGAAGGAGACGUUUCUCGUGCGAAUGUUUCUCACCAUGCAUCCCUGGUACCUGUCAUCCAGUGACCUAGCCAAGAAACUCUUGCACAAGUCUCAGGAACAGGAUUGUUCUGCAAAUCGACAGUCUCAGAUUUGUCACCUUGUCAAGUACUGGAUAACUGAGUUCCCAGCUGAGUUUGACCUGAACCCCGCACUUGCUGAACAGAUCCGUGGUCUGAAAGAGCGACUGGAGCAGAAUGGAGAUGUGAGGCGUAGUCUGCUCAUCGACAUAGACAGCAUCCCAUCAUACGAAUGGCGACGUCAACUGGAAGAGACUGUCCAGAAGAAACGCAAGACCUCUCUUCUUUUUGACCACCUGGAUGCUUGCACCCUGGCUGAACACCUUACAUAUAUGGAGUACAAAUCGUUUUGCAAAAUUCUGUUCCAGGACUACCACAGUUUCGUGAUGCACGGCUGCACGGUGGAUAAUCCCAUUCUGGAGCGUUUCAUUACUCUGUUUAACAGUGUUUCCCAGUGGAUCCAGAUCAUGGUUCUCAGUAAGCCUACAGCUCAGCAGAGAGCCACUGUCAUCAGUGAAUUCAUCAAAGUGGCCCAGAGGCUACUGCAGCUGCAGAACUUCAACACACUGAUGGCUGUAGUGGGUGGGCUUAGCAACAGCUCCAUUGCUAGACUCAAAAAUACCCAGGCGCUCAUCAGCAGCGAGACACGCAAGGUGUUUGAUGGAUUGGUAGAGCUGGUCACUUCCUCUGGAAACUACAGUCGCUACCGUCAGCGUUUCUCUGAAUGUUUGGGAUUCCGCUUUCCCAUCCUUGGGGUACAUUUGAAGGACCUGAUUGCUGUCCAUGUGGCCCUGCCUGAUUGGUUUGACCCAGAGAAGACUAGGGUCAACCUAACCAAGACCCAUCAAUUGUACACCAUCCUGGAAGAGCUGGCGCUCAUUCAGAGCACUCCACCCAAUGUAGAAGCCAAUUCAGACCUGCUGAAUCUGCUUAUAGUGUCUUUGGACCAGUACCACUCAGAGGACGAGAUAUAUCAGCUAUCUUUACAGAGGGAGCCUCGCAGUAUUAAACUAUCUAAUUCCAGCUCAAAGUCACAGUCUCCCCUAAUAGAACAGUGGGCAUCUUCAGUCAAACCCAAAGCGGAUCCAGGCAUUAUCAACAAGCACAUUGAAAAAAUGGUGGAGUCAGUGUUCCAAAAUUUUGACACUGAUGCCGAUGGUUACAUUUCCCAAGGAGAGUUUGAGAUCAUCAGGAGCAAUUUCCCUUACCUUGGCAAGUUUGAUGAACUGGACCAAAACCAGGACUGUAAAAUUAGCCGAGAGGAGAUGAUUGAGUACUUCACAAAGGCAAGCUCCUUACAGAACUGCAAGAUGGGUUUUGUUCACACGUUUACAGAGACGAGCAGUAUCAAGCCUUCAUUUUGUCGGCACUGCUCUCGCUUGAUAUGGGGAUUUUACAAACAGCGAUGCAAAUGCAAAGUGUGUGGGGUGAGCUGUCAUAAAGACUGCUGCAGUCAUUUGGCCAUUGAGUGCCGCAAGCGUGCACAAAGCGUCAGUUGUCACAAUGACGCUUCCUUUAAGACCACACGCUCUUUCAGCUUUCCGCCUCCCUCCAGCACAGAGCCAAUAGCAGAGUACCCAGUCAUCACAGACGGCUCUCAGGAGGAACAGGAUGAGGUUUUUGAUGUCCACCUUUGAUGAGGUUAAAGAAGAUGUAUAUUGCCAGCACAUUCACCUCGUGGUUGAGAGCUUUUUCAUUAAGUCCUUCUCACGAAGAGAAAUCCAUCACCUGGCAUUAGAUACGUUCCUCUCCUCUCUUUCCAUAGGAACAUCCUGGAGCAAAUCCAUAAGCAACCGCAGCGGCAGUGAGGGAGAUACACUAUUCUCCAAAUGUUAUCCACUGCAAUCCAUUCUCUUGAGCUCUCCUAUACUCUGAUUUCUCCUGGGUUGCUUCUCAGAAAAUAGUACAUAGUAUUUUCUUUUAAUUAUUAUUUUUUAACACAAGGAAUGUUGUGGGACUAAAAAAUAUCACAUCACAAUUAACAAUGUGUGACUUAUGCACAGAACAGUACACGGUAUUUCUUCUAUACCAUUUAGUUGAGAAUAUAUGAUCAUAUCUGACAAUGUACAAGAGUGAGAUUUGUUUAAUAACCGAGAAUACUAUUUAAAUUGGAAUUCCUGUAACUGCAUGAUUUCAUUGAUCUCUUUAAUUUUCAUGAUAUGAAUUAUACAGAGAGGACAAGGUCAAAUGAAUGACUUGUUGCAGACUUAUUGUGCCACAGCCAUCUCUCAUCACAGGCUUUCAUUUCACGCCAACAGAAGGCGCUGUUGUUCUAAAUUGAGAAACUGAUAUGACAAGGAUCUUGUGCUGCCUCAUUUGCUUUCUGUUUUUAUGUUUAGCCUAUAUUAUUAUUAUGCAGAUGAGUCAUUUGUUUUCUUUGAUGUACAUUUACUUUUUUUGCAGAGGAAAUGUAUAAUAGAAUAGAACAUUUCAUCAAAUGAAA